GCCUGGGUCGAGUGAUGUUUCUGCAGGCUUUAAAAGAAGCUAUUUCUGUCAUCCAGAUUGUGGCUGCUUACCCUGUGACUCUGCUUCUUGCAUCCCAGGAUAAUCUGAUCCCCAUUCUCUAAUUUGGGAUUGCUAGGGUUAAGUUGAGCCAGCACCAGCCAGGCUGCCAGGUGGUGCCUGGAUCAAGGGCAGAGUCCAGGUGUCAGCUGCUCUCACUCUCACAGCAACCCAGGGGCCAUAGCUUCUCUUUUGGGGUCUUCUGGCUUAGGGGCAGGAGGAGGGGUUAACAGUAAGGAGUUGAGAGGAGGAUUAAGUUCUGGUUGUGGAUAGGGGCCAUAUGGUGACCAAAUGGUCUCUGUUCUGUGCCUGAGGUCAUCCCCACCUAUUGGGACACAUCCAUGGCAUCCUCUUGCAGUUGCUCACCUGGGGUACCUCUGCCUAAUAGUCUUGCUAGCAUACUGACAACCUUUUUCAGUUACCAUAAGGCUGGUGACAGGAAUGGACUCUGGGACUCUGCCCCCUUAGCUUGCUUAUAUCCUCCUACACCCCUCUGCCUGACUGUGACACUGCCCCCCCGCCUCCCUCCUUGCUUCUUUCUCAAGAUCUGGGGGGAGGAGGAGUGGAAUGCUUAGUGGGACCAUCUAAGAGUGCCUCAGAGCCCUCCAGUCUCAGGGAGCAGGGUCACAGCAUGCUGGGGCUGGAAGGCCGCACCGUCCCUGAGAAGCUCCCCAGGCCCUUCCCUCUACAGGCAGCACUCUCCUCCCACCCCUGGGCUCUGGCAGCCUCAUUUGCUGGCACGGCUGCAAGGGCGGUUGCAGGGCAGGGCAGGUGUGGUUUACACCCUGUACUCAGGCAGCAGCUCCCCUUUGUUUCCAGCCUCCAGUGGGGCUCCCCAUGUGCUGCUCAGGGCCAGGCCUGGCUAGAGAGAGGGAUGGAGGGCAUAGGCUACCUGCCUUGUAGGGCCUUGCCACUGAACUAUGCACCCUCACUGGCUUACUUCCCCCAGCGGCCUGGCAUGUCCCCAGGGAGCCGGAUGCCCAUGGCUGGCUUGCAGGUGGGACCCCCUACUGGCUCCCCAUUUGGCACUGCUGCUCCACUUCGACCUGGCAUGCCACCCACCAUGAUGGAUCCAUUCCGAAAACGCCUGCUUGUGCCCCAGGCCCAGCCCCCGAUUCCUGCCCAGCGCCGGGGGUUAAAGAGGAGGAAGAUGGCAGAUAAGGUUCUACCUCAGCGAAUUCGGGAGCUUGUCCCAGAGUCUCAGGCAUACAUGGAUCUCUUAGCUUUUGAGCGGAAGCUGGACCAGACCAUUGCUCGCAAGCGGAUGGAGAUCCAGGAGGCCAUCAAAAAGCCUCUGACACAAAAGCGGAAGCUUCGGAUCUACAUUUCCAAUACAUUCAGUCCCAGCAAGGCAGAAGGUGAUAGUGCGGGAACUGCAGGGACCCCUGGGGGAACUCCAGCAGGGGACAAAGUGGCUUCCUGGGAACUCCGAGUGGAGGGAAAACUGCUGGAUGAUCCUAGCAAACAGAAGAGGAAGUUUUCUUCAUUCUUUAAGAGUCUUGUCAUUGAGUUAGACAAGGAACUAUAUGGACCCGACAACCACCUGGUGGAGUGGCACCGGAUGCCCACCACCCAGGAAACAGAUGGCUUCCAAGUGAAACGGCCAGGAGACCUAAAUGUCAAGUGCACCCUUCUGCUCAUGCUGGACCAUCAGCCUCCCCAGUAUAAACUGGACCCUCGGCUGGCAAGGCUGCUGGGAGUACACACACAGACGAGGGCUGCCAUCAUGCAGGCCCUGUGGCUUUAUAUCAAGCACAAUCAGCUGCAAGAUGGGCACGAGCGCGAGUACAUCAAUUGCAACCGUUACUUCCGCCAGAUCUUCAGCUGUGGCCGACUCCGAUUCUCUGAGAUUCCAAUGAAGUUGGCUGGAUUGCUGCAGCAUCCAGACCCCAUUGUCAUCAACCAUGUCAUUAGUGUGGACCCAAAUGACCAGAAAAAGACAGCGUGUUAUGACAUUGAUGUGGAGGUGGAUGACCCACUGAAAGCCCAGAUGAGCAAUUUUCUGGCCUCUACCACCAACCAGCAGGAGAUUGCCUCUCUAGAUGUCAAGAUCCAUGAGACCAUUGAGUCCAUCAACCAGUUGAAGACUCAGAGGGAUUUCAUGCUCAGCUUUAGCACUGACCCCCAGGACUUUAUCCAGGAAUGGCUCCGUUCUCAACGCCGAGACCUCAAGAUCAUCACUGAUGUGAUCGGAAAUCCUGAGGAGGAGAGACGGGCUGCUUUCUACCACCAGCCCUGGGCCCAAGAAGCAGUGGGGAGGCACAUCUUUGCCAAGGUGCAGCAGCGAAGGCAGGAACUGGAACAGGUGCUGGGAAUUCGCCUGACCUAACUGCUCAGGGAUGUCUUCCUUCCUUCCCAGCCCUAGAGCCUGGCAGGGGACCAUCUUCUGGGACCUGGCUGGGGCUGAAGACAUGUAGGAUGGGAUGAGGGGUGACAGUGUCUCCUGUUAACCUCUAUUCCCCAGCUUUAGUUUCAUAAAUGUAGAGAUAGGAUUCCUUGUUGCUUGGUCCCCAAAGCCUUAUUACUUACUUUUUGCGUUGGCUUUAAUUGGGUUCUCAAGAUGCCUCCUCUGCUCCCUGCAGGCAGGCCCAAGUAGGACUGCUGGAGGCUUUGCUUUGUUGUCAUAACAGACAUUCUGGAACCAAAGGCUGCUGGGUUUGCUUGUUUACAGGCUCCCCUCUUGGGCAGAGCUGGCUCUAAGGAGCUGGGUGAGGAAGAGGAGGCCCAGCCCAGACUCUUCCUAGCCUUUCUAAACCAAAGUUCUUUGCCAUUCCUGUAACCCAGCCUUGUUGCUGGUAUUUUCCUUUCUUUUGGGUAUUUGCACUAUUUGGGGAGCAGGAUUUUCUAUGUGGGAGCCACUUUUUUGUACAGGGGUAAGUUGGGGUUUUUCAAGGAGCCCUAUUUGGUGCCUCCUUCCUUAUUUUCUUUACUCAAAUCUAUGCAAGCGGCUAUAGCCGCCAUCAUCUCCUGGGAUGCCAGGGGGCUGCCCCUCUACCCAGGUGUUGGGCUGAGGGAGCUGGAGCCUCAGAGAGGAGGGGAUGCACCACAUCUCUAGCCCAGCCGGAGGUAGGGGUGUGUGUGCGUGGUGGAGGGCAUCAUAAGGUGAGGGGAGGCUGGGAGGAUUGUUUUUGUCCUUGGAGCUUAGUCAGGAGGGUGGGCCUAGGGCUUGGCAAAUGCCACUUCUGGCAGGUUUGGAAAUUUCCAAAUAAAUUCCUUUGUUUACUGGUGGUGUCCA